CUGUUAUGUACCCUCUGCCACCACUGACCACAACCAUUACCAUUUGCAUUUUACUCUGCAGUGUCAGUGAGUGCGGAACGGAAGAAGGUCAAGGAUUUUUGUUGUGGUGCAAGUGCUAUUACUCCGUUACAGAAUAAUUAUAUUUUGAAAACAGUUAUUAAUCAAAAAGUGUUAAUUUCUUAGACAUUUAAAUUAUUCAAGAGGAUCAAACUCAUUUAAGAUUAUAGAGACGUAUCCCACAAAAGGUAGCAAAGACGUGCUAGCAAUAAUUUGUAAAAAAAAUAAGUAUUCCAAUAUGGGUGGAGUCCAUUCUGCGAAGCGAGCUGCUGCUCAACUUGUCCCUGCGAAGCGUGAUAAUAAACAAAUAAUCCAGAAGUCUUCUAAGAAAGAGUCAGCAGCCUUAGAGAGUCCUCGAGAUCAGAAGAAAAAAUUGGCUGAACGAGAUUCUUCUUCCGAAGAAUCCGAAAGUUCUCUCAUCAACUCUUUUGAGCUAUUACAUAUUAAUAAUGAAAUCGUGACGAUCAGCAUGAAAUAUCCCCUGGGUUCAGAACUUCAAGAAAAGAAAACCACACCGAAAGAAGAAAUGAAGAAAUCAUCAGAUCAAUUAUGCUCAAAAGAAAUGAGGGAUUAUAAUGCUUACAGGUUGAUCCAAGCUGCCUAUCUGGAUACUCUUCAACUUGAAUCUCGACCCAUGCUGACUCUUGAACAUCAGAUUCACGACAUUAUUGCUUGUGGGAAAAGGAUUGAAAAUUACUGUUACCAGAAUUCUAACACAAAAUUGGAAUACUAUCAGCAAGUAUAUAACCAGCUCGAAAGGAUGAAGAAAGAACUUGAGGAAAAGUCUAAGAGAAAAAUUCAUCUCGAAAGCCAAGCAGAAUUGAUGAAUCACCUCUACAAGAUUCAAGAACAAAUUUUACAUCUGUGCAUUAGAGAUGACCCUACACCAAUUACAAAGGAGUGGCAAAAGACUCUGAGCCAAGACCAGAGGAACGUUAUUAUUUUUAAAAUGUUAGAUGCACUUUAUCCAAUACUGGAUUCUAAAGAUGAGGAUUUUUUCAAUAAGCUCUAUAAUCAGAUAUCCAACGUGUAUGGUUUGGAAUCUAUGAUUUUUAUGAAUGCAACCUCCCUUUUGGAAUACCAAGAUGUCGCCUAUGUGAUGAUCCACGUUAAAAUUCCACAACAUCAGGAGGCAAGAGGUCAGAUGAUGAGAAAGCAGCAACUUGAAGCAGAAAAAGAACAUUAUGAAGAAAAAUGUCGACUACUUCAAAUAGAAAAACAACGUGUGGAGCGGGAAUUAAAAGAGCUGAAACAGAAAUCAGUAGUAUGAGGUAAACAAAUAUUUAAAAUGACUAUGGAACGAUGCAAAUAAAUUUUUAGCCAACACUAUACAAUGAAGGGUUUGAAUUUUUUAUACAGAAUUUAGUUAAUUUUUUAAUUAACAAAGUUUAAAUAUUUAAAAUAAAUAAUUUUUAUGAUUUUUAUAUUUAUCAAGAUCUCGUAUCUGUACUGAAACUAUCUACAAAUAAUUUCCAGUAGGCGAGGGUAAUUAUAAUAAAUUGUUUAUCAAGAUAUAAACAAAUUAAUUUAAAAAGUUAUUUUUCUGGAUUGGCAACGUUUAGCUCAUUUAAAUACAGAUUUUUUGUAUAUAAUGUGAGAGAAAAUAAUGUUUUUUCACGAAUAAUUGAAUAUAGAUGCUAUUUGACAAUUAUUAAUAAGAAUCUCUUACUGAUAAAUUUUGCGAUGAUAAUUUGAAAAUUAACUUGAAUGAUUGAUUAUUGUAACAAUUUUACUAAACAAAUUCAGACUUAGGUUUUUUUAUUUGAACGAUCAGGGUCACUUUUUUACGAACGAUUGUUGAUUACUUAAACAUUAUUCAUAAACAAAUUCAAAGUCUGGCUAUUUUCAACGAAAAGCCUAAAUUAUCGUUUGCGGAAUAAACUAAGCAUGUUUUUCCGAAACUCUUUGCUAUAAUUCCAAAUUGACAACAAUGAUGAAUUAUUUUAAAAAUGUGUAUAAAUUAAAAAUUAUUUUAGCGAGGAGUCACCUAAUAUACAUUUUUAUUCGGUUAUAUUGUUAUGUUCUUAAAAUACAAUAAUAGGUAAUAUUUUUUCUCUAAAUAACAAUUCUUGUCUAUUUGGAAAGUAUCGUGGCAAAAUUUGAGCCUUUUCUUUAAAAAAUAGCUAAAUGUCGAGUUUGUUUAUGAAAGUUUCUUAAAUAAUUAGUAAUUCUGGUAAAUUUUUAAAGUAUUAUAAAUUAAUUUGAGACUAUUCCUUGACAAGUUUCCAAACUGCGAAUUUUUUAACAAAAAUUGUUGAAAUAAUUCGCAAGUACCAUCUAUUUUUAAUUAAUCGUAAUAAAGCAUUCACUUCUUUAACAUUUUAUAUAAAAACAUCCCGAACUUUAAUGAGUUAAAAAGUGUCAAUCCCGAAAAAAAAAA